CGGCUAUAGAAAACAGUAUAAAAGCGCAAUCCAGACGGACUCCUCUUCAGUUAUGCACAGAAUCCUGAUCCUUCUGCUAUGUCCUCUCUUGUUUUUCUCUUUGUGCUUUGCGACAGUUUUUGACCCACGCGUCAUCACCAAAAUCAGGCAUGGCAUCGAAAAAAGUCUCCACUAUAUCGAAGAAAAUGUCCACAGGGUGAACGUGGACUGCUUAUUUGGGGUCGUAUUAACAGAAGCUAUCAUGCAAGAUGUUUACAUGAAUGGUAGUCAUAUUAUGGAUGCGAGUUCCAAAAAUAUCAUCGACAAAUCAAUGGAGAUUGUACAUAAAGCUAUGCCAUUAGUACCAGAAGAUAAGUUUUGGAUUGCGAAGUUUAUUUUGGUACCUGAAUUGUGGCAAAAGGAAAUGGUAUUCAAGAAGGGUAAUUUGUACAGUCCAGUUAGACCGAACUACAGAAUUAUUGAGAAAAUUUACGAAUCUGAAAAUGUCGAAAUUCCGCUACCAAAUUCAGAUUUCUGUUUACAUGAUAUUUCAGUUUGGACAUCUUCACUUACACCCAAAACAUGCAGAAUAAACAAAGAUUGCUGGGAUAGCUAUUAUGGAUAUAAUAAUAUUUCAUCAGGAUAUACUCUAACUCACAAAUUACUUCUACUGCAGCUGGCAAGAGCUAGAAAAUGUCUCAUAGAUGAAAACAAUUAUGAAAGAGAAACAAUGAAAUUAUGUUCGUCCAUAUUUGCUGAGGUUUUCAACGGUGACUAUUUUCAUGAAUUGGAUGACAUUUUCGAUUUAUUCUUGGAGCAAGUUGUUUUAUGUGGCUACGAGGGAUACUCGGAAUUUUUCACAAACCGAUGGCUCCAUUACAUCCUGAAAUCGCAAGAAGCUAGUGGAUGCUUUUCUGCAAUUCUGACCGACAAUUUGAAGACGAGGAUCAAGAAGAGGAAUAUGAAUAUCUUCGAAGAUGGAUGUGUGGAUCAUACGACAGGUUUAGGAGCCGCGGCCCUGUCAUUGUACUAUAAUUUCAUUAUCAAAGAGUCCAGUGUAUUUUGAAAU